AUGAGUGAAUCGUAUCUUCGCUUUAUUCUCUCUCUUAGAUCCUAUGUUCUUUCGCAGGAUCCAAGAAUAUGCCAGUCUCUAUCGUUUCUUGAUCACAUUAAAGAUCUUUCAUCUCUUCCUGAUUAUAAUGAACAGGGUCUCCUAGAGAAAUAUCCUCCUCUGCAAAUACUUCAACAGGGUGAUCAACUGCCGAAUAUUGAAGAAUGGAGUGCCAUAGCAACGGCUUAUUGUCUUUUAAUCAGUGAUCUUAAACAUUUGAAAUUUAUGGGGACUAUUUCGCAUUCUGCAGAGUUGGUUAAUCAAAUAGUACGAUGUGCACAGAGGGAAACCGGAUGGAUUUGUUUGCCAAUGAUGACGGUUACAUCUGAAUUACGUAAGCUUGUGUUUAUUUACGUUCAAUCAUCUGAAUACAAGGCUGCCAAGGAACAUAAGCUCAAACAGUCACAGUUUGACGUGUAUCUAGAUGAAAAGUUGGCCAACCUACUUCAAAAACCUUUUAAAGUGUGUCUCAGUGACAAGUGUGAAGAUAAGAAGUUUGCCGUUUACUUUUUUGCCAAUGAGUUGUUCAAGACAUAUAUGAAAUUUGGUAAAUAUGAUGCUGCCAAUAACAUGUGCAAAGUUUUUCAACAUUCGCCUAACUUACCCGAUUUGUCCACUGUGUCUAAAUCCCAGGUCAUAACUUAUCGUUAUUUUAUGGCUUUAGUUGAAUGUAUGAAUUUUGAUCGUCUUCAAAGUGCAACUCAGCUACUCAACCAGGCAUUAGAUGCUUGUAAGACUGGUGAUAAAUAUCAUCAUAACCAAAAGGCUUCCAUAUUAGUACUUCUACUACCCUUGAAUUUCCUUGCUCAUCGAUGGCUUCCAUCUUCAAUGCUAUGGAAACAAUAUCCGGAACUAUCGUUGGCUUUUAAGUCCAUUUUUGACUCCAUCAAAGAGGGAAACUUGAAGGUAUUCGAUGAGGAAGUAACUAGAAUGCAGAAAAUGAUGCUUGAAAGACACGUCUAUUCGCUCUUUAUUCGAAUCAGACCUUUUAUUGAACUCAGACUCUUUACAAAAGUCCAUCAUUUCUAUAAGGGUGAAAAACCCCAUAUAAUUCCUCUCUCUCAAUUCUCCUCAGCAUUGAAAUAUAGUUCCUCAAGGGAUUAUACAAUAGAAGAGGUCGAAUCACGACUAGCUAGUCUGAUCUAUGCUGGACAAAUUAAAGGCUACAUUUCGCACAGUAAUGAAGUCAUUGUACUCAGCAAAAGCGAUGCAUUUCCGUCUACUAUGUAA